GGAAAGCAGAGGUGAGCCAACUCGGGGGCGGGGUGAGACACAGGACCUUUCUGGGGAAAUCAGCCGCAGGAGCCUGGUCCCCUGAAACCCGCGCCUGUCCCAGAGCACAGCCCGGGCGCGCAGUCGCACAGGUGUGUGUGUUCAGGUGCACUGCCAGGCACGGGAGCCAGUGACAGUUCCUGACAAAGAGUGACAGGAGACGGAGCCUCCGAGGUGCAGUGCGGAGCCCCUCCCCAAAGCAUUCACUCUCGGGGAACCCCCCUUCCAGCACCGUCCUUUCUGAAGCAGCCCUGCUGGUGUAUUUAAGAACCUAAAGUAAAAGCCAGUAUCUCGACACAAAUAGAAGAUCCCACUUAACAAUAAUCCCAGGGGAAAAGGUGUUCAUUCUGACUAGACACCUGAGGCCUCGCUGUUAAGGGAGACGAGCAAGGUCACCGGCGCCGGGGACCUGCCGGACCCAGCUGAGCUUCUCGACUGAGAGUGAUCACACGGACACGCAGAAGGUGCCACAAUGCAGGUGAAGAAGUAUCUGCUCAAGUGCCUGCACCGGCUGCAGAAGGGCCCCGGCUACACCUAUAAGGAGCUACUGGUGUGGUACUGUGACAACACCAAUACCCAUGGCCCCAAGCGCAUCAUCUGCGAGGGGCCCAAGAAGAAGGCCAUGUGGUUCGUGCUCACCCUGCUCUUUGCCUCCAUUGUCUUCUGGCAGUGGGGCGUCUUCAUCAGGACCUACCUGAGCUGGGAGGUCAGCGUCUCCCUGUCCGUGGGCUUCAAGACCAUGGACUUCCCCGCCGUCACCAUCUGCAAUGCCAGCCCCUUCCAGUAUUCUAAAGUCAGGCAUUUGCUAAAGGACCUGGAUCAACUGAUGGAAGCCGUCCUGGAGAGGAUCGUGGCUUCAGAGCCAACUCGUGCUAAUGCCACCGAGGCCCUGAACUUCACCCUCUGGAACCAUACACCCCUGGUCCUUAUAGAUGAGCGGAACCCCCACCACCCGGUGGUCCUCGACCUCUUUGCAGACCAUCACAAUGACUCGGCAAGCAGCAGCCCAGCACCAGGAAGGACCUGCAACGCCCUGGAGUGCAAAGUAGCCAUGAGGCUGUGCUGCCUCAACGGGACCGUGUGCACCUUCCGAAACUUCACCAGCGCCACUCAGGCCGUGACGGAGUGGUACACGCUGCAGGCCACCAACAUCUUCUCACAGGUGCCGGCCCAGGAGCUGGUGAAGAUGGGCUACCCAGGCGAGCAGCUGGUCCUGGCCUGCCUGUUCGGGGCCGAGCCCUGCAGCUACAGGAACUUCACGCCCCUCUUCCACCCUGAUUGCGGCAACUGCUACACCUUCAACUGGGGCAUGACGGAGAAAGCGCUCCCUUCGGCCAACCCCGGCGUCGAGUUCGGCCUGAAGCUGAUCCUGGACCUGGGCCAGGAGGACUACGUGCCCUUCCUCACGUCCACGGCGGGCGCCCGGCUGCUGCUUCACGAGCAGAGGUCGUACCCCUUCGUCAAAGAUGAGGGCAUCUAUGCCCUGCCGGGGACAGAGACAUCCAUCGGCGUGCUGGUGGACAAGCUGCAGCGGAAGGGCAAGCCUUACAGCCAGUGCACGCUCAACGGCUCCGACGUCCCCGUCCACAACCUCUACAGGGACCCCAACACGACCUACUCCAUCCAGGCCUGUAUUCGCUCAUGCUUCCAAGACCACAUGAUCCGUAACUGCAGCUGUGGCCACUAUCUGUACCCGCUGCCCCACGGGGAGAAAUACUGCAACAGCCACGACUUCCCAGACUGGGUCUACUGCUACUCAGAGCUGCGCAGGAGCCUGGGCCAGAGGGAGACCUGCAUCCGAAUGUGCAAGGAGUCCUGCAACGACACCCAGUACAAGAUGACCAUCUCCAUGGCCGACUGGCCUUCGGAGGCCUCUGAGGACUGGAUUUUCCAUGUCUUGUCUCAGGAGCGGGACCAAAGCACCAAUAUCACCUUGAGCAGGAAGGGAAUUGUGAAGCUCAACAUCUACUUCCAAGAAUUCAACUACCGUACCAUUGAGGAGUCAGCAGCUAAUAACAUCGUCUGGCUGCUCUCCAAUCUGGGUGGCCAAUUUGGCUUCUGGAUGGGGGGCUCGGUACUGUGCCUCAUCGAGUUUGCGGAGAUCGCCAUCGACUUCCUGUGGAUCACUGUCAUCAGGCUGGUGGCCUUCUUCAAGGGCCUGCGGCAGAGGCGGGCCCAGGCCCGCUACGCAGGCCCACCACCCACCGUGGCCGAGCUGGUGGAGGCUCACACCAACUUUGCCUUCCAGCCUGACACAGCCAACCAUGGCCCCAAACCCGGGGCCUACCCCGAUGAGCAGACCCUGCCCAUCCCGGGCACCCCGCCCCCCAACUAUGACUCCCUGCGUCUGCAGCCGCUGGAUGUCAUCGAGUCUGACAGUGAGGGCGAUCCCAUCUAGACCCUGCCCUGCCCACCCUGGGCAGCCCAAGGACUGUGCCCAAGGCCUCACUGCAUCAGGCCCUCUCCACGAGGCUGGGACAACAGGUGUCCAGUCCAGUCUCUCUCUGCAGAGGCCAGCAGCUCCUAGCCAGUCCCAGGCCAGGGGCCCCACAGGGUCACAGUGUUGGUACGAAUGUAGGGGCCGUGUACUCAGUUGGUUUCUGCCCACCCCCAACCGGCCAGGCUUAAGCCAGGCUGCAGACCUGAGAACACCCUCCCCUGGGGGCAGGCCACUUCCCUCCUGGCCAGUCACCAUCUCUCCAGGGGUGAGCAGUCGCACACCACUGCAGGUCCCCAGCAUCCGGGCCUUCUCCCCGCCUUGGCUAGCUUCCGUGGAUGGGACUGAUGAGGGCAGUGGUCAUGCAGAGCAGGAAGAGCCGG